AUGGAGUCAUUCCUCAAAGCAUUCAGACAGGCCGGAAGGGGGAGGGGGAACGAAGGCGUAUGUUCCACAUACCUAUACUUAAAUGCAACAUAAACUGACGUUCAACGAUUUUCUCCAGGGUAGCGGUGUCUACCUCUGGUUCAGGACCCUGGACCACCUUGCCAAGAACAUAGCCGCUGACGGUUAUGCUUCUGCUGAAGACGCGCUCCGGUGGGCUUGGGACAGUGCAAUGGCAGCACAAGCUGCUCGUUUGAAGGCCCGGGAUGAUGCCGCUAUGAUGAGGGAGAGACACAGAGCGGAAGUGAAAAUUUUCAUCCUGGAUUGA